CACAAGCAGCCUGCCCCUGCCGCCGCCCUCAAAGCAGCGUGGAAUUACGUCAGCGCCCCCGUACUUUUCCUCCCUUCUUCGUUCUUCCUCGCCGCCCCGUCCCCCCUCCCUCGUCCCGUCUCGGGACCUCGACACGAGGGCACGCGAUCCCGCCACCGCUCACCUCCACCACCUCCAAACACUAUCCUGCCCUCUGUUCCCAUCCCGCUAUCCCGCCUCAGGGCUGCGGGGGACGAGGUGGGGUCCCCCGCGAGGAGAUGCACCGAGACCGAGGCGCCGCAGCGGCGGCCGGGGGCGCCGGCGACCGGAAGCGGAUCGGCGAGCCGAUGGACAGGUCGUCUCCGUCGACGUCGUGGGGGUUCUCCGGAGGCCGCGAGAAGGAGCGGAUCGUCGCGGGCAAGCAGCCGGAGGUGCCCCGCUCCGGCUCCGGAUCCACCGCGAUGUCCAUGAGCAAGCUCGCUGACGAAGAAUCAGGAACUGACAGCGAAGAAUCAGAUGUAGAUGUUAGUGGUUCAGAUGGGGAAGAUACUUCAUGGAUUUCAUGGUUCUGUAGCUUAAGGGGCAAUGAGUUUUUCUGUGAGGUUGAUGAAGACUACAUACAAGAUGAUUUCAAUCUCUGUGGGUUAAGCAACCAAGUUCCAUAUUACGAUUAUGCUCUUGAUCUGAUAUUGGAUGUUGAAUCUUCCCAUGGCGAUAUGUUCACAGAAGAGCAAAAUGAACUUAUUGAAUCAGCUGCUGAGAUGCUCUAUGGACUGAUUCAUGUCCGGUAUAUCAUUACAAGUAAAGGGCUGGCUGCGAUGUUGGAUAAGUACAAGAAUGUUGACUUCGGCAGAUGCCCUCGAGUGAAUUGCAGUGGUCAACCGUGUCUUCCAGUUGGGCAAUCGGAUAUUCCUCGUUCGAGUUCUGUGAAGAUUUACUGCCCUAGGUGUGAAGACAUCUACACUCCAAGAUCCAAAUAUCUAAGCAACAUCGAUGGAACUUACUUCGGAACAACAUUUACUCACUUGUUUCUGAUGACAUACCCGCAUUUGAAGCCCCAGAAGCCCGCGCAACAAUACAUCCCCAGGGUAUUUGGGUUCAAAAUUCAUAAGCCAUGAGAAAUUUGAAGGCUGAAGAUGUUAAAGAUUCAUCUGCGUUCAAUAGCCCCUUGUGAGCUGCUGGUUUCUGUCUGUGUGUUGCCGUUUAUUGCUUUGUUCGAUUGGUGUAGCCCUGGCUCCUCCAAUGUUCACAUAUCAUCGGAAUGCACCUGGACGCCCCCGGCUGACCUCCAUAGUCUGGCUUCUCACCUUGACCUGAUUAUUCUGAUUUGAUGCUUGUGGUUUGUUUAGCCUAGGUGAACAUCCGUAUUCUUUUAAAACAAGAAAAGGCCUUUAUAUUUGAAUUUCACAGUUGCUGAAGAGGGCAAAAUGUUACUGUGAUGCUGCCAAUUCUCCCUCUGCUGUGAUACUCCAUCUGUUCUCAACAUUUGACGUUUUGAACAAGCAUUUAAGUUCACUUUUGACUAAAUAGUUUGUCAUAAA